GACACAGCCUCUCGUCAUGGGGAGGAUUGGCAAGGAGGUGUUGGGCCAACUGUUCAGAUUAAAUGGCUUCGUGGGGGUGGCAGUGACCAUGGGUAUCCCAAUGUGGAGGGUGACCACGUAUGUACAUUGGUGCUAACAUUGUGACAGGCCAGAUCGUGUGGGAUGGCCUCUGGAUGAACUGCAAGAUGCAGAGCACAGGACAGAUGCAGUGUAAGAUAAAUGACUCGGUGAUGAGGCUAUCCAUGGACCUCCAGGCAGCAAGGCCCUUGGUCAUCUCCAUCAUCUUCAACUUUGUUGGCCUGUUUUGUUGUCACCUUCAUCGGGGCCAGUGCACCAGCUGCCUGAAAUCGGAUUCCUCCAAGAGUAAAGUGACGAUCCUUGGAGGCAUCCUGCUGCUCAUUGGUGCUCUUCUGGUCCUCAUCGCUGUUUGCUCGUCAGCGACGUUCACUAUCCUCUGCACCUCCUGCCCGCCCCAGAAGAUGUAUAGGUACCCGAGCUAUCCUCAAGGAGCGCCCAUGUACCCCUAUCCAGGCCAACCAAUGGUCCAGGCAGGGCCCUAUGGGAGAGUGUACACCCCAACCAGCAGGCCCUACUCAGGGAGUCGUGUGCACCAAGCAAGCCGUAUGCAGCACCAAUAGCAUACCUGGACGGCCUGGACAGUAUCUGUAACAAAGUGAAAUGGAAAGAGGAAAGUUCUCCCUGAAUAUUGACUGGUAUUCUCGACCUUGAUGUUUUCAAGCUAUUGUUUUGCUUUGCCUCUGCAGAGUGUGAUUGUACCACCAAAAUGUACUUAUUUCAUGUACUUUUGUCCACAAUGAUAUGUAGAUAUUGUUAUUGAUGAGAAUAACAUGCAAUUUAUAGACAUGAAAGUGGUUCAGAGUGAAUAAAAUUAAUUUUGUUUACAAGUUUUUGCACCUGCACACAAGCGGAAGAAUCUGUUCUUUCAAAUGUUGACAAUGUAAACGUAUGCAAACGUUAUGAGAAAUUGUUUGAUAAUGAGAAUGGAUGUAGCAUAAAUGUUCAUUUUAGCAGCAGCCUGUGUUUUUCUCCCAUUGUGCAACUGAUGCUGUUGUUUUGUAAAUAGCUGGUUGGUCUAUGACUUGUGAUGUAUCGGUACACAAAAACAACACAUUUUUCUGUAAAUAUUUUUACCAAAAAUAAACACACUUU